AUUCAUGUGUAACUUUCGCCUGCACAUUUACGGCUGCAGCCGCUUAUGAAACAGCUGCAGGCGCUUCCUAAACGGGUGUCCAAUCAAAAAUACGCGUUUAAACCACGAGUAUAAAUGAGCCAAUCGGCCUUCCGCUACUCUUUCAACAACCCGCGCCACUGCACAACUUAGAUUAAACGCGUUUCUUCCUUUCAACAAAGUUUCUGUUAUUAGAUAAAACGCUACAUUCUAUAUUCGUGUUAACCGUGCAUGUGGGGGUGUACCUGGCUGUGUAUACGUGCUAUUUAUCGGAACAGGAUUCAGUUUUUUCUGCACUUUCCGUCGAUUGUAGCCAGCGAGGCGGAUUGAACAUUUCCAGUAUUUGAGUGAUCCAGGCUGACUUGCUACCGCCCAGGCUGCUCGCCAUGCACAACGCCGACAGCAUCAUCGUCCUGAGUGACGGUGAGGAAGACGGUGCAUCCAGCAACAACGACUCGGUGGUGAUCGUGGAGGACCGGACGAGUCCCGCCCCCCGGCCAGUGUGUGUGUCGUCGGACCAGCAGGAGGAGGAGCUGGUCAUCACGUUCUCUCAGGGAGCCCAGCUCCUCCCACAUGCACGCUAUGACUGCAGCAUACACACCUUCACGCUUGAAGACGCAGAGACCAGCGCUCCUGCAGGAAACAACCAGCUCAUCUGCCAGCAGUGUUACUGCUACAUCUGUGAUAGGCCGGCAGGAGAGUGCCUGGUGUGGACGGUGGCGGGGAUGUGUCACUGUAACAGUCACAACCGGAGUGUGUUCUGGAGGAGCAGCAGAGAUGCACAGCUGCUGGGCUUCCUGCAGCGCUUCUCCCUUACCCUGCUGGAGGUGGACCCAGAGCUACGGCUAGCAGAGGCAUUGCUGCUGAAGUUGGAGGCGGAGAUAAAAGUGGAGUACGCCUCCUUCCUGAUGGGAACGAUGCGAUGGACUGCCUCAUGCUCCUGCCGCUGCCACACAGCCAAUCAGGAGCAUGUGGAAUCUUGCAGCUGCCAAUCAAAUCACCAGGAGGUGCGGAUGCACGACUACCUGCAGGUGUACCAGUGUGUGGGUGCCUUCCUGGACAGAGCAGAGAGAGAGGAGAGAGAGAAGCCCAGAGCUGCAGCUGUCAUGAGACUGGGAGCUGCCCACUUCUUCCUCACACACGCUCACGCUCCUGGGAUGACUAACCUGACUCCUCAAGGAAACUCGGAGGAAGGCAGGUUUCUACUGCUGAAAAGGGUGACAGAGGCAGUGCAGAGACAGCUGGUGAUGUGUGACUUCAAUCCAGCCUUCAGCCUCAAGCUCCAGACCUUCUACCAGGACCUGCCGCUGCCCCCCAGGUGUGCUGUACUCAGGAACAGCCUGCGUGUGCGUCCCUGGAAGGACCCCCUGCUGGUGUCUGUGCUGCUGGGACAGAACGUGACUGGCCAGGGGCGGGGCCAGGGGCGGGGCCGUAAGGACGUCCUAACUGAGUCUGCUGCUGUGGUGCUGCUCCGAACACACCAACUACAGCUGCAAAACAAGUACUGGGAGUUGACCAGGUACCUAAAAGUGGUUCAGACAGACAACAGUGAACUUGUCCAGGCUGUGCGUGAUCUCAUCCCCCUGUACCAGUGUAAGUCUGGGAACCUGACUGCUGCCCUGUACAGCACCUUCAGCCCUGCCCCCGGACCCUGCUGCCCUGCCUGCCGGAUGACCCCUGACCUCUACCACCUCUACCUCCGCAUCCUCACCACAGCAACCGCUCCCACCCACACCCUCCACCUGCACACUCAGCCCCUCCCACACACCACUGUGUGGGAGCCAAUCAGAGGGACAGUCCAUGUGAAGAGAUCAGACGUGGUUCGUUUCUCUCUCAGAAUUCUGAUGUCCAACACUGCUCUCUACACAGAUGUUCAGUGCUGGGUGUCUCUGCUCCAUGUGGUGAACAUUCCUGCUCUCCCACAACCAGAUGCUGCCUUCCUGAAGGAAGCAGUGGCUGUUACCACAGCAAUACUACUAGACCGGCCGGGUCAUGUGAUCCCUCGGUCCUUCCGGAGUGUAUAUCCAGACCAAGCAUUGUUGCUCCUGGUCACAGCGUGUCUCGCUAGAUGUACGGCAGCAGGCUUCCCAAGCUCCACCCUCUACACCCACAACACUUACAAGGAGAAUGUGUGGUGUAUGGACUGGCUGUGUGACCGUCUCUCCUCCCUGUGUCCUCCUUCUCACACUGUUAAAGUAUGUCACCAGUAGGCGGGAAUGACUCCACCUGACCACCCAGACCGUGAGGCUUCACCACCUGACAGAUGCUGAUGGCUGGUUACCAUGGUGAUCUAGAGCACAGCCGGUUACCAUGGUGAUCCAGAGCACAGCUGGUUACCAUGGACCCAGACCAGACCCAACCACCAUGUUGAUAUUGAACACUGAUAGACUAACUUGUUCCUCAAAGAUACUCCUGUGUUGUACUAAGAUGUGAAUGUGUGUGACUGACUCCCUGAAAACGUAAUGUGAAUAAAGUUGUUGUUCCCUCCA